GCAUGUCGUCCUACACCCGCGUGGCGCUGGUGACCGGGGCCAACAAGGGCAUCGGCUUCGCCAUCGCGCGCGCCCUGUGCCGCCAGUUCUCGGGGGACGUGGUGCUCACGGCGCGGGACGCGGCGCGGGGCCGGGCGGCCGUGCAGCAGCUCCAGGCCGAGGGCCUGAGCCCGCGCUUCCACCCGCUGGACAUCGACGACCCGGGCAGCGUCCGCGCGCUGCGCGACUUCCUGCGCAAGGAGUACGGGGGGCUCAACGUGCUGGUCAACAACGCUGGCAUCGCCUUCAAGUUUGAUGACCCAACGCCAUUUGACAUUCAAGCUGAGAUGACACUGAAGACAAACUUUUUUGCCACAAGAAAUAUCCUCACGGAAUUACUGCCAAUAAUAAAACCUCAUGGCCGGGUGGUGAACAUCAGCAGCUCGCAGGGCUCCAGAGCUCUUGAAAACUGCAGUGAAGAGCUGCAGGGGAAGUUCCGCUCUGAGACCCUCACCGAGGAGGAUCUGGUGGACCUCAUGAAAAAGUUUGUGGAGGAUGCCAAAAAUGAAGUGCAUGAGAGGGAAGGCUGGCCCAGCUCAGCUUAUGGGGUGUCCAAGUUGGGGGUCACGGUCUUAUCGAGAAUCCUGGCCCGGCGUCUGGAUGAGAAGAGAAAAGCAGACCGGAUCCUGCUGAACGCUUGCUGCCCCGGGUGGGUGAAGACGGACAUGGCGGGGCCUUACGGAGAGAGGACUGUGGAGGAGGGAGCCGAGACCCCCGUGUACCUGGCUCUCCUGCCUCCAGAUGCCACCGAGCCUCAAGGCCAGCUGGUGCGUGACAAAGUCGUGCAAAACUGGUGAAUGUCCGCCUCAAUGCUUAAUGCUUAAUAAAUAUUUGCGGAAUGAAUGAACAAAUUCUGAUGUGGUCUGAUUCUGUGCCUGUUCAUGGAGGGGUGUCUGGUAGAAUUUCCAAGUUCUGGAAUGGAGUGAGCGAUUCUGCUGGGCCUGUUGCCUGAGAGAAAGAACCUGGCAAUGGUUCUCAGAUGUUAAAGGAGGCCAUUGUGACCCAGGCUAGAUGGCGAGGUCACUCGUACCCUGGAACACAGAAGAAACAACAAAACCUGUCUAGAUGAUUCCUUGAGGCUCACCUUUGCAGGCACCGCAGAACCUGGAAGCUUGUGGCCUAACCUUGAGCUGAGCUCCAAGGCCAGCUGGAAUUGGGAGACAUAGAUGCAGAGGAGGGGGGCUUCCCAGAGGCAAGGGACCCAGCUCCAGAAAGUCAGCUAUCUGGAAAAAGCCUCUUCAUCCUUCUCCAUGCGCGAACUGCCCUGUAACCAGACAAAGAACUUCACCGCUGUCCACAUGUCUUUGCCUCUAGCCCUCUUCUUAGCCAGCGAAAAUAUAACUCCUUUGUUCUCAAUCCUGGCCCCCCAAACCUAUAAAACCUGAUUCCCUUUCUUAAUUGGGGAGGCAGAUUUCACUUUACCUCCCUCCUUGUUACUCUAUUUGCAAUAAACCUUCAUU